UCGCCCGCCCGCCCGCCCGGCUCAAUGGCUCCCGCGUCCGGCACUCUCCGUACGGCAACCCCCAGUCGCCGACCCGAGCCCCUGCUGACUGCUCUUCGCGCGCGAGGGGUUGGACAGCCUCUCGAGCGCGGACAACGGCCGCGGGGCACUGCUCCCUCCACGCCAAGCAUCCGCGAUCCAGGCCGACGUCUGCCAACUAUGCUCCCCCGCCCCCUCGGUCCACCAUCCCGCACCGCCCAUGCGCCUCAUCUCGCAGCCAAUGCCCUCUGCCCACCCGCCCCGACCACUCCCAAUGCGAUCCCCCACACGCUCCUCCCAAGGCGCCGCCGCGCACGUCCACCCGCCCUGCCU